AUGACUAAGUUUGGGAAUAUCCUCACUGUGUACUACAUUAUUUUCCAUUUUUGCGGGGCAUUCAAGGUACCGCAUUGUUGCGAAAGGCUGGUGCUGUGGGGUGGAGAAGGACAGCCCAUUCGCGUCCCACAGCGGCACUGCGUCUAUUCCAGCAAAGCCAAUGCCACACAAAGGAUAGGGAGCAAUGUACGGUCCUGUUACCACAACACGCUUCGUAACCAUGAAGGGAAUAAGCAGACUAAGCUAUUUUACAGAAGCAAGAAGGAAAAGGACAUCCAGGAGUCAGGCUACAUGUAUCCCUUCGAUCACUUAGAGAGAAAGAAAAAAAAAUUUCCUCCUGACCCUUAUCAGCCAACUGACGAAGAGAGGGAAGAAAACACGGCAGAUGUGUUGGAUGAGGAGCUAGACGAUGAUGAGCUGCUCAGCUUUGACGAGGACGACGAUGCGAAAAGGCACUUUGGGGAGACAACCUACAACGCGCCGAUCAGUGGGCACAGCUCGGAGGGGGAGAGAAACCACCAUGAUGCGGGCGAAGCGGCUCAUGCGUCUGAUGUGGACGAGCUCAUCCCGCGCGAACUCGUGGAGGAGGCUGAAAACGGGAGUGUCGCUCCAGACGAAUCGCAACACGAACGGGAGGUGGUAAAGAUCUGCGUACAUUCCGCAGGAGAACAGAGAAUCGAGGCCGAAGUGAUGAAAGACCAGCUGUAUUACCUGUUUCACUCCUCCAUGGACAGCGCCUUCAUCGAGUUCUUUCGACUGCAAAUUGAAUCCUCCAUCAGUGAAGAGGAGAAAAACACAUCCGUAUCGUACACCUUUGGGGAAAGCAAUUACCAGGCGCCAAUAUCGUGUGUGCAAGACUUAAUAAACUUUUCCCAGCGUUUGCAAAAGUCGCUGACCAAAAGAAUGGAAGAUGCUCAUAGGGAAAAAACUGAUGAAGAGAUGACGUAUUUGAGUAAAAGCAUGCGAAAGGAACUCGAGAGAGGGAAAAAAGAAAGGAACAUCACACACACUUCAAAACGGAACCUGCAGAUGAGUAUCGAAUCCUCGUUAAAGCUAAUAGAAAAAUGCAAACAGAACUUGUACAGGCAAAACUAUGAACGUACUUUACACGAUUUGAAAUUAGCAUACAGCAUGUUGCCGUGUAAAUAUUAUGGCUUCUUCCUCUCCAGCAUUUGUGCAAACAUAUCGAUGUUGUCCUACUACACAAAUGACAUGCAAGGCACUUUUAACUUUUCGCUAAAGGCAAUAAAGUACGAACCGAAAUACGCAUUGGCGUGGAAAUGUCUCGGAGAUGCAUACAGAAGCUUCCGAAAGUUUUGGCAGGCCAGAAAUUUUUACGACAUAGCGAUACACUUGGGCUAUAAAGACGACAAGGGAGAGAACUUCAGAGAAAUCGUGGCCGAGUUAAACAAACUGACCGUGGCUGCUUUGAAGAAGGCAGAUACGUUAAAGGAAAAUAUGAACAACUGCACCAACGUUGUCGUGAAGAAAAACAUCGGAAUUGUGCUCAAUAAGAAUCCGGAUUCGAUUGGGGGGUGUUACGUGUCGUACAUCAUUGAGGGGGGGAAAGCGAGCAAAAAAAAUUUCCACCAUGGUGACCAAAUUGUUGCACUGAACAAUAUCGUUACGUAUGGUAAGCCAAUUGACUUUUGCUUAAAAGCUUUCCAAAAGAAUGAGGGGUCCUACGACAUCGUUUUUUUCAGGGGAAACAUUAUCGAGCUGUACGGCCUGCGCGCCUACCAAUAUUUGGUCGAACAUGGUUUGUUUCACACCCUCUUCGAAAAUGAAAAAAUCGCGUCUUUCAAGCGGAACGAGACCAUUUUGUUUGACUUGCGUGGGUUCGGCACCUUUUCCGAGUACGGCGUCUCGCAGGGGGGAUAG